AUGCCUGCUACUCUCUUGGAACCCGACCCAGCCAUCGCGCCUGAUGCAGAGCUCGACGUCCAGGCCGAACCUGAACUUCUUGUCGACGACACUCCACCCCGUCCAUAUACCGUCUUCCAUGAGCACGUCGCACUAGAUCUCGAUCUCCACCACAAGUCCAUCACCGGCAAUGUCGACAUCUUCAUUAGCAGCAAAGAAGCACUCAAAGAAGUGUUCAUCGACGCCCGCCAGUGCGACAUCGACGCCCGAAAUAUCACCGUCAGUUACGCCCCCGUGGAAGCCUCCUAUAAUGAUCCCUACGAGGCCGUCGACACACCCGAUGCAUACCAGUGGUCAGCGGGGCAAUGGUCCCUGCGAAACAAGCGCCUCCAGCCUCUUAUGUAUCGCCACCGAAAGAACGAGUCCUCGGCGAUGCAGCACGAGGAGGAGCUUAAUUGUCAUACCCUCGACGGGUCUAUCAAGAUCGCCAUGCCGCCCCUCAAAGACAUACAAGCAAGUAUGGCGAAACAGCGAGCACAACGAGCCUACACUGACGGGCAUGAGCAUCUUGAUCAGUGGGUUGACCAGUACGACAAGAUGGUCCAAGACAACAUGGACAGGCUGUACAAAGUCAGCAUACCAUUCAAGUUGAGGAACAUCCGGGACGGUCUACAUUUCGUGGGAAUAGAGGAAGGCGACACUCGAUAUCCCCAUGUGUACACCCGCCACUCAACUGAACCGGGACUUGCCUGCUCCAUCUUCCCAUGCAUUGAUGAUCCGGGAUGCCGCUCUAGUUGGAGGGUGUCCCUCACUUUCCCCCGUACGUUGGGUGAUGCUUUCCACCAGCGACUCGUCACUCAGCAACAGCCAAGUAACGGGCCACCAGCUGCUAACAGUCACCGAAAACGGAAAAUUGGUCAGGAUGAACCUCCCAGACCAACCCUUGCUCUGACGGAAGAAGACAAACUCUUGGAAUUGACUGCUGUAUGCUCUGGGAAACUAGAGGAUGAAGUCAUCAAUCAGCGAGACGAAACCAAGAAGACAAUGGUCUUCUCCUGCAAUAACAAGGCCGCUCGUCACAUUGGAUUCGCCUUGGGCCCAUUCGAACACGUUGAUUUAUGGUCAGAAUUCCGAACAGAGGAAGAUGAUGAAAAGCUCGGCUCGAACGCUACCAAAGUUCAUGGGUACUGCCUUCCAGGACGUGCGGAGCUGGUGCGAAAUUCUUGCGCUGCUAUUGUCAACGCCAUGGACCAUUUCGCCUUGACUUACGGUCGAUACCCCUUUGACAACUACAAGAUGUGCUUCGUCGAUGACAUGGUGUCCGAUACAGUACCUCUGUGUGGCUUCUCGCUCUGUAGCAACAGACUGCUAUUUCCGCGAGAGAUCUUUGAUCAUGAGAUCCAAGUCACAAGAACGCUCGUUCACGCGUUGGCGAGCCAAUGGUUUGGUAUCAACAUCAUUCCCAGCGAAAAAUCGGACAUCUGGCUGGUGGUCGGCAUCGCAUGGUUCAUGACGGAUUUGUACCUGAAGACACUGUGCGGCAACAAUUGGUACAGAUUCAGAAUGAAAGAGCAGGGUGACCACUUGGUACAGAUCGAUUUCAACCGGCCAUCAUUGGAAGACCUGGGCAACCAUCUCCAUCUUGGCGACUUCGAAAUCAACUUCAUGAACUUGAAGGCGAAUCUCGUUCUGUUUAUCCUGGACAGACGGCUUUCCAAGUCUUCCCGCAGUGCUGGUAUUGCACGGAUUAUCGCCAAGAUGAUUCAGAAGGCCAACACAUCCAGCCAGUCCGCUGACGAGAUCCUCACCUCGGACAUGUUCCGGAAAGCUUGUGAGAAGCAUGGACAGACCAGGCUCGAAGGCUUCUGGAAACAAUGGAUCAAAUCGGCCGGCUGUCCUAGAUUUGACGUUCAUCAGAAAUUCAACAAAAAGCAAUUGUGCGUCGAGAUCACCAUUAGACAAAUUCAGGAUAUUGCCCAUGGCAAGCCCAGACAGCUCGAGAAGGAUGAUUUCUGGCGGGAAAUCGUGGAAGACAACCACGGAGUAUACGCAGCUGAGUUGCAGCACUGUUUUACCGGCCCCAUGACGAUCAGAGUUCAUGAAGCAGACGGUACGCCUUACGAGCACGGUGUGGAUCUUCGUGAUGACACUGGAAAGUCCAUCAAGUUCAAUAUCCCUUACAACACCAAGUACAAGCGGCUUAAGCGAAGCAGGCGUCAGAAGGAGCGGCAGACUGCAGGCAACGUUGCAGCGACCGGUGAAGAAGAUGUUCCUGAUGAGAGUCUGAUUUACUGCCUUGGCGACGUGCUUCAGAAUGACGAUGAUAUUGCACGCUGGAAACUCACAGAUUGGGAUCCAGAAAUGGAAGCACGCAUGGACCAAGAGUCAUAUGAAUGGAUUCGCAUGGAUGCCGACUUUGAGUGGAUAUGCAUGAUGGUCACUAACAUGCAACCCUACAUGUAUGUCUCUCAGUUGCAGCAAGAUCGAGAUGUGGUUGCACACCAGGACUCUAUGUUAUAUCUAGACAGGGAAUCGCUUAGAAGGCCCCACCCUCUUAUCUCCACGAUUCUUACCAGAACACUGGUGGACGAGCGCUACUAUCAUGAUAUUCGGACGAUGGCGGCAAGGACGUUGUGUCAGCUCGGCCUCGAUGCCCUUCAGCAGGUUGGCCUCAGUCAUCUCAUACAAUCGUUUGACCACCUCUACGGCGUUGGCAACGAUCACCAACCUCGACCCAACGAUUUUUCGGACAGGUCUCAGUAUAUCGUCCAAUGCGCUAUCACCGCGGCCAUAGCCCGAAUUCGCGACAAGGAAGGUAAUAGCCCGAAGGAAGCCCGGCGUUUCAUCCUACAGCAGCUACAGGGCAACAACAACGCCGACAAUGCCUAUUCCGACCAGAUCUAUAUCUGCAAGCUGAUAGACGCAUUGGCCACUACCUUGAUACCGGACGAGAAACGCUCCAAGAAGCAGAAUAUUUCAUUCGCAUUUGGCGACGGCGAUGACGACAUGGACGAGGCCGCCGUUGAUCCCGAGCCACGAGAAUUCAAGGAACUGGCACUGGAGGUGAUCGAUCGAUUCCGUAGGACGGAUGAGUAUGCCCCUUCAUUUCAGAACUGCUUCACAGUGGCGACUCUGGAUGCCCUAUACCGUCUGAUGAAAGCAAAGGUUAUCCCAGUUGACCCCCUUGUUUUCACACAGUACCUACAAGAUUGGACGAUUGAAAGUGUCCGGAUCAAGGCAUUUGAGGCUUUGGUCGAGCUGCGGUUCAUGGCAAAGCCUGUAUUUCUCAAGUUCUUCAUGUCGGUCGUCGCCACGGACAAGUCACCAUUCGUCCGAGAUCAGCUGUUCAAAAUAUUUUGCCGUGGGCUUGCUAGUAUCGCCACUGGCGAAUACGAGAUGGAAGCGCAAGAUCUACCAGCACCUAGUGACGAUCUUGUGGUCGAAGCAGCAUCGAGCAUCAUUGAGGCGAAGCAAAAGCUGAGAGCCCGUAAAGAACGGCUCCCUGACGCGCGUGCUGCCCUCAAGGAGGCGACCAAGGAUGAUGUGGACUUGCAAGAAGUUGUUUGGAAAGCUUUGGACUCCGUUGUUUUGACAGUUGCUGAAAGGAGAAAUAUCCUUGAGCUCUGCUCAUGCUUGUUCGAGGAGGAUGACAGGUUUAUUCUGAAGUUCAAGUACGCGCACGUUUGGAGCUGUGAAAGGGGUCCAAAGGAACGCGGCAAGACCUACGCACCUGUGGUCCCACGUCCAGAACCUCCCAAGCGAACCAUAACUCUUAACAUCAACAAGAUGAAUAGCUUUAAAGAGUCUUCACCUGUUAUUGUCAAGCCGCCCGCCGGAGCUUUCCCCCAAUCUACGCCGCCCAUUAAGCAGAGCAUACCUGUCAAAGUCCUCGACAAAGCUGCGGGCAUCAAUGUAUCCAAGCCCAGCGUUCCGAAACCUACUGCUCCGAAGCCUGCUGCUCCGAAACUUGCCGCUCCGAAACCUGCUGUGCCGAAACUCAACGCUCCUCCGCUACCGCCGCCACCCAAGGAAGUCCGCAAGGACAGCGUCUCUGUACAAACUCCUCGACCCAGCAUCGAAGUUUCCGCAUCUGCUCCAGAGCGGAAGUCUCUUCCAGGCGCCUUUGUCAAACCUCAGCAGACACCAAAGCCUCAGCUGCCCAAACCACAACCUUCCUCGUCUAAGCCUCAACCGGCGUUGCCUAAACCCCAACCUCUGAAACUUCAGAAUCCUAAGCUCCAGCUUUCCAAGUCACCAGCGCCGUCGCCAGUAUCCACACCUGCGCCACUCAAGACGAAUGGUGACAGCCGUUCAUCAAGUCUAGCACCUCCACCUGCCAAAUCCCUGAAGCGUUCUAGUGCUGAGCCAGAGGACAACCCACGGCCAACUAAGAUCGUCAAGCUCAAUACCAAGGGUAUAGACCGAAAUGUGUUGAGCGCAAUUAAGAAACGGUCAAAGGUUGUCAAGCUCCCAUUUAAAAAAUGGGACAAGCUCAAAAUGCGCAAACAACCUUCAGUCGCUGUAGACGCAGGAUCCAUCCGUGCUGCGCCCAAGGGUAUACCUUCACAAAAGGACCGAACUAAUACAAUCAUCCUUGGGUCGCCCAUUCUCGGCAAUUCGCCUCGGGCGUCCACACCUGGCAUUGGAUCAAACUCACGAAUAUCAUCCCCAGUCCACAGUAUCAGGAAAUCUGGGACUCCUCCCGUCCAGUCGCAGAGUUCCAAUGGCGGCGGAAUCUUGAAGGCCAGGAAGCCACUUCCUGGUUCAGGACCAUUAGGAGGCGACCGCGAUCGAGACCGUGACCGGGAACGAGAUAGAGACCGUGACCGGGAGCGAGAUAGAGACCGUGACAGGAAUCGGGAGCGCGAUCGAGAUAGAGAUCGGGACAGAGAUCGAGACCGUGAGAGAGACAAAAACCGCGAUCGAGAUAGAGACCGCGACCGAGAAAGGGACCGUGACCGAGACCGAGAACGAGAAAAAGACCGCGACCGAGACAGAGACCGGGAACGAAAGGCUCUUCCUGGCUCGGGUUCCGGUGGCGGUGAGCGCAAAACUCUUCCAGGUUCAUCAUCGGGAAAUGGCGAACGUAAAAUUCUUCCAGGUUCAACUUCAGGGGUUAGCGAACGUAAACCACUUUCGGGCUUUUCAGGGUCAUCGGGAGGUGAACGGAAAUCCCUCCCCAGCGGGGUCAGAACCUCUCUACCCUCAGGAGGCCCCUCGUCAUCGAGCAAUUCAUCCACCGUCGUUCCUUCGUCAAAGCCAUCGAAAUUGAAGAUCAUGCUAAAAAAGACCAAGCCAGCACCGGAAUAA